ACACAAGAAGAUCACACCAUCCCCCACCAUCAUCAGGGUGAAAAACAGAUGCAUAUGAAAGUUGAGUUUAAAGAAGAAACAAAUGUGAUGGGUGAUCAGUCAUCUACGGAAGCAAAAGUGAUGGUAGAAAAGGAGCAAUCUUCUUCACAUGUCAGCACAGGUACUCGGAGUACAGAAACAGGACAUAUUUUCAGAUGGAAAGUGAUGGAGAAUAGGGAGACCAUUAAAGCAUCCGAUGAACAAAGUGUCCCGAACAACUUGGAGAAUCACCUUACUUUAUCUUCAGACUGUAAUGCAGAAGACAAUAACUUUGGCCAACAUCCUCCAGGAGUAGAUCCUAAUAUUGAAAAUAUACAUCCAAGACAUAACCAGGAGAACAGAUCAAUGGAUCCCUCUAACACCAAACCUUGUGCUCCUAGAAUAUCACCUACUGUUACAAGCACCGGUGAAAAGAUAUUUCCGUGUCCCCAAUGUGACAAAUGUUUUGGCUUUAGGCACAGACUUGUAAGACAUCUCAUGGUGCACACCGGAGAGCGGCCCUACAUAUGUUCAGACUGCGGGAAAACGUAUGCACGGAAAUUGGACCUUCUCACACAUGUCAAGGUUCACAGCGGUGAGAGGCCUUUUACCUGUACGGUGUGCGGGAAAGGUUUUGUAACGAAAAGACAACUUAGCGAUCACGAGCAAGUGCACACCGGCGUGAAACCAUUUUUAUGUACAGUCUGUGGGAGGGGUUUUGGAUUAAAAAAGCGUCUCAUUGAACACGAGCAAAUGCACACCGGUAAAAUGCCGUUUUCCUGUACGGUGUGCAGGAAAGAUUUUACCACGAAAAGGGGGCUUAUCGAACACGAGCGGCUGCACACCGGUGAAUGGCCGUUUUCCUGUACGGUGUGCAGGAAAGGUUUUACCGCGAAAGGGGGGCUUAUCGAACACGAGCGGCUGCACACCGGUGAGAAACCGUUUUCCUGUACGGUCUGCGGGGAGGGCUUCAGAGGAAAAAAGAGGCUGGUCGAACACGAGCGACUGCACACCGGUGAAACGCCUUUUAAGUGUUCCGAAUGCGGGAAGGAAUUUAGAACCAGAGGCGUUCUAAACCUACAUCGGCAAUCGCAUGCGCGUGGGCAGCCGUAUUCCUGUGCGCAAUGCGGGAAACGCUUUAAAUAUAGCAUCAGCCUUAGCCGACACAAGAAACUCCAUGCACAAGAUAAUUCCUUAUCCUGCUCGGAGUGCGGGAAAUCUUUUACAACCAAAUACGAACUUCGUGUUCAUGCGAGAUGCCACACGGGAAAGAAGGUCUUCCAAUGUUCGGAAUGUGAGAAAUCCUUCUUAUGGAAUGCGGACCUUGUUAACCACCAGAGAGUUCACACCGGUGAGAAGCCCUUCCCUUGUUCUCUAUGUGAUAAACGUUUCUCCUAUAAAGCCAUCCUGGAGGACCAUAUAAAAGUCCACACUGGUGAGAGGCCGUUUUCCUGUACAGAGUGCGGGAAAUGUUUCACUCAGAAAGGAGGCCUCAGAAAGCAUAUGAAAUGCCACACCGACGAGAAGCCGUUUUCGUGUUCCGAAUGUGGUAAAUGUUACACAGCGAAAGGAAGCCUCGACUACCACAUGAAAAGCCACACCGGCGAGAAGCCGUUUUCUUGUGAAAGGUGCGGUAAAGGUUUCAUAUUACAACAUCAAAGUCUCAGACACCAGAAAAACUGUACGGGCGAGUGUCCGACUCCAACUUCAGAGUGCGAGACGUCAAAUUUUAGGAUUGUUGUACAACAAAAAGGUCAGACGGAAGAGAAGAGGUAUCAAUGCCUAACAUGCGAGAAAUCGUUCAAAUGGAAAAACAUUCUUGUUACCCACCAGAGAGUUCACACCGGAGAGAAGCCCUUUUCUUGUCCUGAGUGCGGCAGAUGUUUCGCCUUUAAAAGAAACCUGGAUGACCAUGUAAAAGUGCACAGCAGCGUGAAGCCCUUUGCCUGUGAAGUGUGCGGGAAAGGGUUCAUACAGCACCGGCACCUUCUUACACACAUGACAAGCCACACAGGCGAGAAGCCAUUUUCAUGUUCAGAGUGCGGGAAGAGUUACAGUCGAAAAGACAUUCUAGUCAAACAUCAGAAGACAGAGGGUCACUGACAGUAGAUAAACCAUUACGGAGCGAGGAUUGUUCCAGAAAUUGUAUCUUGAAAAUUAGGGAUUUUUUUUAGUUUACUAUAUCUAUUUUUCUAAUCUUGAUAUAAUCU